AUGGAGUCUUGGAACCCGGGGAGAAAUACGAUUGACACGGUCAGCGCUGUGGAUGGGUUUACUGGAGCGCGACGCGGGGACUCCCCGGCCCGUGGGCGGGGCCCUGCCCAGGACGGGGCGGUGCCAGAAGCUCUUUUAAAAACUCGCGGGGGACCGGACCCAAGAUCGGGGACCCGGCGGCGGCUCCGCGGGGACACAGCGAGGCUGGCGCAGCGCCGAGGCCGGGGCCCUGGGGGCCCCCAGUCCGCGCCCCGGAAUCCCCGAGUGAGCCGGAGUGAGCGCAGCCACUGUCCGUCGCAGACCGUGAAGAAGCUCCUGGAGGAACAGAGGCGCCGCCAGCAGCAGCCUGACGCUGGUGGGGUACCGGGACAGUUCCCGCCUCCCCUGGCGCAGCCCCUGACGCCAUCUGUGAAUGAGGCUGAGGCUGGCCAUACUCACUUCCCAGCACACCAGGAGACUGUGGGUUCUGGACUUGGCAGCCUGGCACCUCCCACGGGCUUUCCAGACUGGGACCCCAACACGCAUGCUGCCUACACGGACAGCCCCUACUCUUACCCUGCUGCUGCUGCUGAAAAUUUCCUGACUUCCGACUUCUACCCACCCUCGGACCCUGGGCGGCCGUGUCCAUUCCCCCUGGGGAUGGAGGAACCCCUGGAUACCCGGCUCUAUGCAGAACCGUCCCUGCCACAGGCGGGAUCCUGGAGGGGUUCCGGACUCCCCUCAGGACCCCCACAGUUGCCCCCUGUGGUCACCGGACCAUCGCUGGAUGCAGCCCGUGCUCACAUGCUGGCUUUGGGGCCCCAACAGCUGCUGGCCCAAGAUGAGGAGGGGGACACGCUCCUGCACCUGUUUGCGGCUCGGGGGCUGCGCUGGGCAGCAUAUGCUGCAGCCGAGAUUCUUCAAGUGUACAGACACCUGGACAUUCGCGAGCAUAAGGGCAAGACCCCUCUCCUGGUGGCUGCCGCCGCCAACCAGCCCCUGAUUGUGGAGGAUCUACUGAACCUGGGAGCAGAGCCCAAUGCCGCUGACCACCAGGGGCGUUCUGUCUUGCACGUGGCUGCUACAUAUGGGCUCCCAGGAGUCCUCUCGGCUGUGAUUAACUCAGGGGUUCGCGUUGACCUAGAAGCCAGAGACUUCGAGGGCCUCACACCGCUCCACACAGCCAUCCUGGCCCUCAACGUUGCUAUGCACCCACCCGACCUGUGUCCCCGGGUGCUGAGUACCCAGGCCCGAGACAGGCUGGCCUGUGUCCAGAUGUUGCUGCACAUGGGUGCUGAUCACACCAGCCAGGAGAUCAAGAGCAACAAGACAGUUCUGCACUUGGCCGUGCAGGCCGCCAACCCUACCCUGGUUCAGCUGUUGCUGGAGCUGCCACGGGGAGACCUGCGGGCUUUUGUCAACAUGAAGGCCCAUGGGAACACAGCGCUCCACAUGGCGGCCGCCCUGCCCCCUGGGCCGCCCCAGGAAGCCAUCGUGCGGCGCCUGCUGGCAGCUGGGGCAGAUCCAACCCUGCGCAACCUGGAGAACGAGCAGCCUGUCCACCUGCUGCGGCCCGGGCCGGGCCCCGAGGGGCUCCGGCAGCUACUGAAGAGGAGCCGUGUGGCACCCCCAGGCCUGUCCUCUUAGGACUCAAACCCAGAACCUGGACUGAUUUUCCAGUCCCCACCGUCCUGUGGGACAGCCAGCGUAUGCGAAUGUUGCAAAUCCGUGAUAAUGUAUGUGGAAUGUCCUGCCAUUGGGGUCUUACAUUAAAACCCCAAAAUGGCUGCUGGGGGGUAAACAGGCCCCAAUAUUUGGGGUGUUGUAAUACCCCUCCCCCACCUGCAAGGAGCCCUCUUGAUGAUUUCUGUGAAAUCGAGGCCCCUUGAUUGUUUCUGUGAAACACCCUGGACCCCUAACCCUUUCCCCACCGGGAUCUUUUAGGGUCCCCUCCUCUAACUUAGCUCGUCAUACCUGGAGCCCCAGAGGUAAUUCCCCUCCGUGGUACUUGGGACAUCUCAAAAUAGCUCCCAGCAGCAUCCAAGUAGACCCCCCAGUCUCCCCAGGACCCACCCCCUGCAGGUCCUUAACUCUGAGACGUAGGAAGGACUGUCCUAGCUGAGAGUCCCAGGUUCUCCUGCUUUCUAAUUCAGGGCCCGCCCUGUCCCAGACCUCAGCAUUCCAGUGAACCCCUCCCCUGUCUGAAACGCCCUAUUAAACUCAGUUUGGACUAGAACUGUCAUCUGGUCUCUGGGGGCAUUGGUGCAGGGGAGUGGCUAGUGCCUGGCUGAGGAGUCAGGUUCAGAUGAAUGUGCCUGGGUGGGGCGCGUAGCAGACACUGUGGGUGCCACCCUGUCGACACCUGGUGGUCUGACGGCUGAGGCCAGCGAGGGAAUCUUUGUUUGUGGCUCUGCCCUGGGUAUGAGUGUGCAAGCCUUGAAUGCCAGGGAGUUCCUGCCCCUUCCCCCUCCCGCAGCCCCCUACCGGGGACUGACAAGAUGGUGUAUAAACACCCUGGGUCCCUCACCUCUCCGUGGGAGAACUCGCAAGUGCGUGGUCUGCACUGGCUCUCCAAGUUCCCCUGCAGAAUUAAGCUCCACUUCCCCACAGUGGUUCUCGCUUGAUAACAUACCCUUUCUUGUCUGCUUUCCCUUUUCUGUGUCACUUCCUACCCACCUGACCAAAGUUCUCCACCCCUUCCAAUAGUCUUGUCCUCACAUCCUUGCCUCAGCAUCUGCUUCUGGAGAAACUGAAAGGCAGACAGAAGACCUCCACAAUGCCCCCUUCUCAUACC